UUUGUGGCGAAACUUUUGGGCCUUUUUUCUUCGUCUUCUCUCACAGUAAUCUUCAUUUUUUCUCUCUCUCUCUAUCCAAUCUUUUUCAGUAGAGAGUUUCAUGUGCAUGGCACGAAAAAGCCUCCCAUCUAAACAAAUAUUUUCGUUAUUUGCUUUGUGGGCAGUGUAAAUAUCUGAUUAUUAUUCGAAGAUGUUUUCAUCUUUAUCCAUCGGGAAAUCACGCCUGCGUACGGAACUCUCGCAAAUGAAAACGAAAGACAAAAUGAAGGGUGCAGUGAAGUCGCCGGCGCCGAGUUUUCGCUACAACCUCCGGAGUUUGAAGAAAAGGGUUUUUCCGGGUGGAAGUUCAUCGGCGGGGUUGAAAGAGUUGAAGCUUUUGGGAGCGGCGCCGUCGGGCAAAGUGAUUUCAGCACCCGCCAAGCAAAAUGAGGAAAUUAUGGAAAUUUCGGAUGUCGAUAAUCAAAAUGGUGGACCUUCGGAUGAGGAAAAGACAAAUGUUAAUAGUUCUACAGAAAAAAUUGAUGAGCAAGCUGACGUUAAAGGCAAAGGCAAGGAAACUAUGGAAAUUUUGGAUGUCGAUAAUCAAAGUGGUGAACCUUCGGAUGAGAAAAAGGCAAAUGUUUUGAACUUUAAGAAAUUUGAUACUGUCGAAGACUGCUCGGACCACCACUAUGCCAGUUCUAAUAGUUCUACAAAAACAUGGAAUUUCUCAUGGAUGGGUUUUACAAACCUCAAAGAGGAACUUUUAAUGCCUCGAUGGGUUUUAACUUUUAUGUAUUUCAAUGAAUUGUCUGGGUUUCUCAUAAUUUUGUCCAAGCUCCAAUUACUGUCGUCUUUUUGUCGGGUGAACCAGAAAUGGGCCAAGAGAAUACAGGAAGAGUGGAAGAUUCUGGAGGAACACUUACCAGAUGCAAUAUUCGUGAGGGUUUACGAAUCAAGAAUGGAUCUUCUGAGGGCUGUGAUUGUAGGAGCCGAGGGCACACCGUACCACGAUGGCCUCUUUUUCUUCGAUCUUCACUUGCCGAACAAUUAUCCAGAUGCACCUCCCAAAGUCUAUUACCAUUCAGGUGGGCUUCGCCUGAAUCCCAACCUAUACGCAAAUGGUUACGUAUGUUUGAGCCUCCUCAACACUUGGAGUGGAAUAGGGAACGAAUUGUGGAUGAAAGGAGGCUCGACUCUACUGCAAGUCUUGGUCUCGAUCCAAGGGUUGGUUCUAAACACCGAGCCCUACUUCAACGAGCCCGGAUAUGCAAGUUCAAAGGGCACAAAUUAUGGUGACGAGGCAUCUUUGAAAUAUAGUGAGACGACAUUCAUUUACUCCCUCAAGACAAUGGUGUACUCCAUGAACAAGCCUCCAAUGCAUUUUGAGCCGCUUGUAGUCGAGCAUUUUGUCGGUCACGCGCAGAAAAUCUUGUCCUCGUGCAAGGCCUACUUGAAUGGGGCCCGCGUGGGCUCGCUAGUCGAGAGCGGCGAUGGCCAUCAAGAAACCGGCAAAGCCAACGUGGGCUGCUCCGAUCAUUUCAAGAACAACCUAAGAGAGUUUGUUAGGACUCUGAUUAACGCGUUCACGAGCACCGGAGCCAAAGACUGUGAGGAGUUCCUCUCUUUAGCCACUGCAAAGUAAAAAUUUGGUUUUUUCUUUAGUUGAAUUCCAAUGAAGUGACCUUGAAUUGCUUUGUUUUUUGGCAACAAAACUGUGCAUAUGUUUUGGUUAUGGAGCCUGAUUCUUCAGGUGGAUAGAUUAUUAUUUGUUUUGUUUUGGCAACAAAAACUGUGAAUCUGUUGCCUUAUGAAGCAGGUUUUAUGUGGAUAAUUGCUUUAUUUUGGCAACAAAUUGUCAAUAUAAUGUUGCUUGCUUAUGAAAGCCUAAUUCUGG